AUGGCUCGACCGCGCAAUGCGCCGUCUUCAGCGCUUCCUGCUACCAAUGCGCCGAAGACUAGACAGGCUUUGAAAGAGAAGACGAAUACCGCGCCCCCAGUCUACAAUGAUGCCGAGGACACGAUCGAAGUGGCAGUGGUGUCGAAACCGAAAAGAGGAAGACCUCAAAAGGCGCAACCGUCUUCGGACGAGCUGGUGAUAAGCCGUGCUGUCAAUGAGGACGACUAUGCGACUGCGCAGCCCACGAGUCAGCCUGCGACUACCACCGAUGAGCUCGCAAAGAGCGACAAUGCACCGCAGCCCAUGGCCAAAGCGACCCGACGACCAGCACGUACGGCGCGCAAAGUUGUCCACAAUGAAGCCCAGAACAAAGUCUUGGAAGGUCUGAAACAGCGUAUGGAAGCGACAGCGCGCGGCCAGAAGGGCAAGCAAGCUGCAGCGCCGCCAGUGUCAGAUCCUGUACCGGCUUCAUCUGACACCCUGAUAGCGGCCAAAGGAGCACCAUCCAAGGCAGCUGAAGGCAAUGCAGAGCGACCUGACUUUUCGCUGUCGCCGUCUCCACCGCCACCAGGAAAGCUCAGUUCUGUAAGAGGGCCGCGCUCGUCAAUUGCGCAACCGGGAUCUGUCUUGCGAGCUCAAGCCACGCCGGCGAUCGAAAGCAGUCUUUUGGCAUUGAGGAACUUCAAACGACGACCACGACAGCCGAGCAUGCUUCAAAUGGUUCAACAACGAACUGCAAGCGCGGCGCCUUCCGUCGCACAUACAACAAUCGAGACCACCGCCGUUGAAGACUCCAGCAUAUUUGACCUGGACAUGUCUAACGAGGAGGAAGACGACUUUGCACCGGAAGCUGAGGGCACUCCUCUUGUCAAAUCAAAUCGAAGAUCGUCUGUCAGUGCGCAUGGGUCGACGAGAUCCAAGACGGCGGCAUCGAGGACUAGUAGACCCUCUAGAAAACGGAAAUCUGAUGAUGUCGAGGAUUCCGUUGUGUCCUCCAAGUCGGCCAAGAGGAGCAAGUCCAAAAAGUCGAAUGAGCAAGAGGACAUGGUCGCACCAGUGACACAAGUUCCUGCUACACAGACACCGACUGAUGAUGCUGAUGAACCGCAACCGGCACCUCCGUCCGAGAUUCACGUCGAGGAUUCCUUUUCCAUGUCGAUGCCAGCAGCAGAGCCACCUUCUCCGAGCGAGCAAGCUUCGGAGAAUGACGAUGACCUUCUUGUGCCCUCGACCGAACCAGACAAGCAAACAAAUGAUGACUUUCAAGACGAGGACGAUGCUGUUCCAAAUGGUAUCAUGGCAGAGCCACUUAGUAGCAGCCCGCCACCUGUGGACCUCCGGAACGACGAUGUCCUCGCCGAGCCCCUCACCCAAGCAUCGCCGCCACCGGCCAAGAAGACUUCGAGAGCGAAGACCAAGCCAGUGUUGACCGCGACCCUGCAAUCUCUACUACCGAAAAGACGGCAACCCCUUAGACAACGACAUCGCAAGAGCGAGUACGACUUCGAGAGUGAUGAUUACGAAGGCGACACCGCCCUAGACGCCAGCCACCUCGAUAACGACGAGGAUGAGCUCGGCGGCAGGCUACGACGCCAGACGAAGACGGCACCGAAAAGCAGUAAAGCACAGAGAGGGCGACCAGGCAGAGCCGCAACUGCAACAUCGAAGAAAGCCGCGGCCCGAAAACCCUCGACUGCGCCAACCACGAACAAGAAGUCGAAUGUGAAAACAUACGGUCGACAAGCCACAGCUUCAGACAAGGAAAACGACGACUACGAAUCCGGCGGCGAGGCCGAGGAGGAGGAGGAAGGAGACUUCACCCUGCCAGAGGUAUCAAUGUCCAUGGAAGAGGUGGCGACGAGCAAGGAAAUCGAAGCGGCGAAGAAGAAGUUUGCGGAGGUGGACGAGUGGGAUUUCGAGUUUGAGAGUAUGAGCGCGGAGAAUCAUAGGAGUUCGAGUCCCGCGUGGAGGUAG